GACUUGGUGGUGUCAUUGGAGGCGUCGUUGGCGGAUGGCUGGGUGAUUGGGCACACCGGCGCUGGCCCUAUGCAGGGCGAUGCAGCGUGGCGCAGCUGUCUCUGUUUCUUGGAGCGACCGUCUUCAUUGCAGUCGGGCAAAUUCGACUGCGCAGGACUCGGGUUCAUAAAACCCAGCGGACAGAGUCAGUCAUGAAAUGCUCCGCCAAAUUUUGGGCAGUGGUGUCGCUUCUCUUCCUCUUCAAUGUCGUUGCUUGCUGGACCCCCGUGGCUGCUUUGCGCCCGAUCUGUGGGGACAUCGUUCGUGACAGCUUUCGGCUGCCGCCUCACAUCGGCCAAAGCCCAUGGGGAGCAAACGGCUGCCGCUUUGCGGGCAGCCCUCUUGGGCGUAGCUUUGGUCCCGUGGCUGCUCUCUUGGCUGGUUUGGCUUCCUAUGUACAAAGCAUAUCCUCGUGA